CAUCACUCCAUCUGAUUUCCUCCACCAGCUUGAUUCCACCGCCACUAGGCUGAUGGUAAAGCAAGCCCUGGUGGGAACCAACUAGGCCCAGAAUCCGCUAUACCCUUCGCUCAUCAUCUCCUCUCCUCAUGUUCACGCCUCUCCAGGCCCCCUUGCCCCGGCUGUCCUUGCAACUUGCCAGCUCCCACACUCGUUCUCGCAAAGACGCGCCUCCCAAAUCCCAAAGCAAAUUGUCCGAGCACAUCGUCAACACAACCGAAACCAUCUGUCACUUUUCCCCCCUUAACACCAGUCCUUCCACACUCCUAGUUAGCUCAACCCUCCUCUAGAGUCUGUGUCAAUCAAGAAAGGGAUCAUCUGGCUCUAUCCACUUUCCCUCCACCCCUUGCGGGUCUGCAUCCUCAACCGCCAAUCCACCUCUUCCAGUACCAACCUACAUACUAACUGCUACUGCACCUCGAGGCUAUUGCGAAUUAGGUCUUGGACCUGAGCAUCAUUCUUUUGUACCUCGACCUUGCUCACCACUCUGCACGAUCAUUCCUGCGCGCCUUUGUUAUCCUUCCCUCACUAUUACAGCUCGUCAUCUAGUACUCUCUCUCUCACUCUCUCUCUCUCUCUCUCUCUCAAUCGACAGAGAUCAGACACCACCCGUCAACCCUCCAUUCCAUGCGAAACCAGGCAAUGACGUGUUGAAAGUGGCGUACAUUAUAUGGAUCCAAGGGUCGCCCUAAUCGAGACGAAAGCACGCUCGGAAUAGACUCUCUUCGAGAGAACUAUAGAGAGUUGAUCCUAAACGUCACCCUUCCUACCGACGCAAUGGCUGUUACCGACUACAACAGCAGGGCGUCUUCGUACUCCCUGACUGCAUUGGAAGACCGAUUUGAAGUGAUCAAAGAGAUAGGAGAUGGCAGCUUUGGAAGUGUCUCCUUGGCCAGAGUGAGAGCCAAUGGUGCCAGUGUUGCACGGAGGAACACUAUGGUCGCCAUUAAGACGAUGAAGAAGACGUUUGAAUCAUUUGCCCCCUGCUUAGAACUUCGAGAGGUCAUCUUCCUACGAACACUACCCUCACACGCACACCUGGUUCCCGCCCUGGACAUCUUCCUGGAUCCUUUCAGCAAGAAGCUUCAUAUUUGUAUGGAGUAUAUGGAUGGGAAUCUCUACCAGCUGAUGAAGGCAAGGGACCACAAGUGCAUGGAUGCCCGGAGUGUCAAAAGCAUUCUGUAUCAGAUUCUCAACGGCCUUGAUCACAUUCACGCUCACCACUUCUUUCACCGCGAUAUCAAGCCCGAGAACAUCCUAGUCUCCACCUCUGCACCUCAAGACAGCCAUUCUACCUUCAGCCGCUACUCGUCUCUCGUUACUCCACCCGCCACACCGCCAACUUAUUCCAUCAAGAUUGCGGACUUUGGAUUAGCACGUGAGACCCACUCCAAACUCCCUUACACCACUUAUGUUUCUACACGAUGGUACCGCGCUCCCGAGGUCCUGCUGCGGGCUGGAGAAUACUCUGCUCCCGUCGACAUCUGGGCCAUUGGCGCCAUGGCGGUCGAGGUGGCUACCCUGAAGCCUCUCUUCCCUGGUGGAAACGAGGUCGACCAAGUCUGGCGUGUUUGUGAGAUCAUGGGAAGCCCUGGAAACUGGUACACGAAGUCUGGGUCUCGAGUCGGUGGAGGCGAAUGGAGAGAUGGAACGAGACUUGCUCAGAAGCUAGGCUUUUCCUUUCCCAAGAUGGCUCCCCACGCCAUGGAGACUAUUCUCCCGCCUCCCCAGUGGCCUUUGGCCUUCAGCUCUUUCGUCACCUGGUGCUUGAUGUGGGAUCCCAAAAGCCGCCCGACGUCCAAGCAAGCAAUGGAGCACGAGUUCUUUGCAGAUGCCAUCGACCCGUUGAGACCAAAGUCUUCGUCGAGAUUAUUGGGGCGAAAGCAUUCCGAUCUCAGCUUCCGUUCCAAGGAUACUGUUGAGGGCCCGACCAUCACUUCCAAGCCAUCCUGGUUCCGACGGUCACUGAUAGCGAGAGAAAGUGCACCCGCUGUUCCCCAGCACAACCCAGAGACCAAACCUGUACACCCAGAACCCGAAUCUCUGGUCAAGCGGCUGCGACCUCAGGCCAGUAAACGAUCUACUUGGACCAAUGGUACCAAUCCCAUUGGGGCUGCUCCUAUGCCAAUUCUGCCUUCCAUUCGACCAAUCUCACCUCUUCCCAACGCUGUCACUGCACAAGCUAGCUCCACAUUCACCACACAUAACCCUUCCAAAUCUAAUACCUCGACCGCCAUAGAGGAAAAGUCGAAAAAGAUUGGACGGCAAUUGUCUGUUAAUUCUCAUCAUAAUCACUACACCGACAUUCAUCGACAAGAGGCUGAACGUGCACUCAACGGUAACAGCGGGCUCGUCUCUCCGCCGAGUGGCCAGAAGGAGAGCUUCUUCUCACAUCUGCGGAAACGAGCUCGGCGCUUUUCUGGCAGACAUGGGCUUGCAUCUCCAAGCAGUGACGAUGUUGAAGCUAAUGCUGCUGCUACUGUCCCCUGGUCGAACCGGUCCUCAUUGAUGGUGGACAACGUAAUCCCUGAGAACCAGAACGACUUUUCAGACCUUGACCGGAUAUUACAAAAUGUGAGAUAUAGUCUCGACAAACCUGGUCAACCGGAACAGACCACCAAGAAUCCCUCAGAGAGAGCUUCCAAUACUGGCUCUCUCAAGAGGACUCAUUCCGUUCCGAGGUCACAGGGAAGUCGGUCAGGAGACGGACCGAACCACAAUACGCUGCCCGCAAAUCCUCGAAGUCGACGACCACUUCCUAUAAAUCAGUAUGAAGCUCCUGCAGAGGAAGACGAGCUCCUCGAUGAGGCCCUUCGAUCCACUCACCGGGCAGUACGACGCAUGGAUGAACACAGCCAAUCAUCCUCGCAGCUUCACCGUGCUGCACUUGCCCAAAAAGAUUACAACCGACAAUCGCUACCUCAGAUCCCCACCAGCGCAUCGCUUCAGGGUCCGUAUCUGACACCAUCCCCCUCAGCAAAAAGAGAUGGGGUGCAGUUCAAUACGACCCAUUCCAAUCAUUCCCAACCUUUGAACAUCAGCAAGAAGAGAAGCGAAAACGAGCAGGCCCCGCCAUUGUGGCCAACACCACCAUACGAGGAAAAUGACUGGGCCACAUCGGCGGCUAAUAGCAUUUUCACAGCUGGGUCAGUCUAUCGGUAGACAUAUUGAUCAAUCAGAUAACAACGACGCUCGUUAAAAUCGGGCGUUUUGUGACUGGCAACCACGUCGAAUGAUAUAUUAUUAUCUAUUGAUAUCCUGUACGAAAAAUCACCAAAGAGAUUGCAUCCUGCUCAACAGGAGUAUGACGAGGAGUUUUGCGUUGACCGGAGGAAAAAAGAAAAGCAGGCCCCGAAUGAGAUCGUUCGGGGCACGUUAUUGAGUCUUGCUGCGCCUCCCAUUUGUUAAAUUCAUUUUUAUGAUGGAGUGGAGCUCCAAACCACCCACUCUGGUGUUGCAUCUGGACGUUGGAGGGGUUGGCUUCGGUUUUGAGCCUUUGAGCGGUUUGGGCUUCGGGAUUGCAGUUAUCGGGGAUAACGGAGAGUAUGGGCUGCAUUUUGCGUUGCCCAAUCCCUGCAAUUGUCAGCUUUUCACAGCGACAUAUAUUUCAUUUGUUAAUUGCCCUCGGGAACACGGGGCUAUAGUGUACAGCUAGAAAUCAAAUGUACGGACACGGAGAGUCGGCGGAGUUCCCAAUACAGGACUAAACUGUCUAGCAAUUUUAGCCCAGAUUGAAUCCUAU